CUAACUGCUAAUUAUGAGUGACUCAUUGAGAUCACUGUCAACUAAUCAAUCAAUAGACGCACAAAUCAGCAAAAAGAAAAAACUUUUAUCUACUUCUUCAAAGACUAAUCGUCCUUAAAAUAUUAGUUUUAAUGAACUCGUUGAUUUAUUGCAUCCAAAUCAUCUAUUCAUUAAUAUUAGUUUACAAGAUUAGUUUAAUGCAAUUGAAAUGUAUCAAAUAUUCAUCUAAUAUAGCAUCGACUCCACUUAUUUUCCUAAUUUCAAGUUUGUUGUUAAUGAAAAUUUAGAGGACACAGAAGUCAAAUGGAAACGUUUACCUUCAUUUAUUAAAUUGACAACCUGAAUAUUUUUAUAAUCUAG